AUUCUGUAUUGGGUAAUUUUCUUGAUUAAAGAUUGGUUUUGAGAUUUUUCUAUGUGACUUGUGAUUCCUUCAGGUGGUGGUUAUGUACAGUUUCUUGUAUAAUAACCCAACAUUUUGCACCCUUUAUAUUUUUAGGUUACUUCUCAUUUUUCAUUUUCAAAAACAACAGGAGAGUUCUUGUGUGUAACUUAGGCUUGUCUAGAGAUACAUUGCUCCUGUACCAACAUCUCUGGCAAAGUAGUGAUCAGCACAUGGUCUUUAAGAGAGGUCACAAGACAAAACAGGGAAAGUCUGUUAGAAUCAAGAAUCAUGGAUCCAUGUUCAGUUGGAGUCCAGCUUCGUACCACAAAUGAGUGCCAUAAAACCUACUAUACUCGUCAUACAGGUUUCAAGACUUUGCAAGAAUUGUCCUCAAAUGAUAUGCUUUUACUUCAACUUAGAACUGGAAUGACACUUUCUGGGAACAACACAAUUUGCUUUCAUCAUGUAAAAAUUUACAUUGACAGAUUUGAGGAUUUGCAGAAGUCAUGUUGUGACCCAUUUAACAUACACAAAAAGCUAGCCAAAAAGAAUUUGCAUGUUAUUGACUUAGAUGAUGCAACUUUUCUGAGUGCAAAAUUUGGAAGACAACUCGUACCUGGUUGGAAGCUUUGUCCAAAAUGUACCCAGAUAAUCAAUGGAAGUGUGGAUGUUGAUUCUGAGGACCGCCAGAGACGGAAACCUGAACUGGAUGGAAGAACUGCUAAAGCUUUGAGGUCACUACAGUUUACAAACCCAGGAAAGCAAACUGAAUUUGCUCCAGAAACUGGGAAAAGAGAAAAGAGGAGGCUUACAAAAAGUUCAACUGCUGGAUCAGACAGACAAGUGAUACCAGCAAAGAGUAAGGUCUACGACAGCCAAGGUCUCCUGAUUUUCAGUGGGAUGGACCUCUGUGACUGCCUCGAUGAAGACUGCUUAGGAUGUUUCUACGCUUGUCCCUCUUGUGGCUCUACCAAAUGUGGGGCUGAAUGCCGCUGUGACCGCAAGUGGCUCUAUGAGCAAAUAGAAAUUGAAGGAGGAGAAAUCAUCCAUAAUAAGCAUGCUGGAUAAUUUGUAGUCUCAAACUAAUGGGUUCUUUAAAGAUCCUCUAUUUCUAAAAUUCUGUCCCUCUUAAGAUUGUCUAAGAUGUGGAAACCAACUCAAUAUGUAGUAGUAUGGUAGUGUUUUAUGUGCUUAAAGAAUCAUUAUUUGAUGUAAAUUUUGAGGAGUCAUUUCUUGGCAGUCAGCUAUAAGCCUGAGUUGAUGUGACAAGUAGGUUUCCACGUUUCCCUUUCAACACUGUGAGGAAAAACAUAACUGGGUCUCUAAAGGUGGGAACAAACUUUCACAUUAAAGGGUAUUUACUGUGAAUAUUUCACAGCAUUGAAAGCACAAAUAAUUUACAAAGUAUUAAUGUUUUGACAGAUAUUUAAAGGCCACGGAAUGGUUUCCUUCAUUGAUUAUUAUGAUUGCUUUACAUGGCCACAUCUUUGAUCCCCUCUAUUUUAUAAGUGACUGCAUAGCUGGGAACAAAAUAAAUUGAUUUUGAUAUCGCUGCCUAGGUGAAUGCUAAACUAUUUUGGAAAUUAAGUGCUUAGAUCUAUUUUUCUUCAAUAAAAAUAUUUUACUACAGCAAAUCAUAUAGUGUACUAUGUAUUUGUGGAAAUUUGUUUUUACUGACAAAAAAUUAUAUAUGUACAAAGCCAUGCAGCGCAUACAUAAGGGAAUAUAGAUUGCAUCUAUGAUACUGAAAUUAAUAUGGAGUAAUUAAGAGUAUAAAAAAAAUUCCUUUUCAGAUUUGCACCAGUGGCUCCUGCCUGUAAUCCUAGUUGCUCUGGAGGAUGAGAUUCCGAGCCAGCCCCUUGCAGGAGAGUGCUAGAAAUAAAAAAGUCCUAGAAUCUCCACAACAACCAGCCAAAAGCCAGGCUGGAGAUACAAAGCCAUAAGCAAGGAACCCAAGUGAGCCUAAAGCUCUGUAUUCAAACCCUGGUACCAUUAAAAUAAAAACCCUGUCAAAGUGAUAAUGAAAAAAACACAAACAGAGAAACACAUAAAAUGUUGAUGCAAUUUUUUUAAGUAUUAAGAAUUUACAUGAUGAGAAAAUGGUAUCAUUGUACUUUUUAAAAGACAUCUAUCUGCCAUAGGCUAUUAUCAGUUUUGUUGCC